AGGACUUCGCCGCUCUGGCGCCGGCCCGCUUGGAUUAAAGGCUUCUGGCUCGGCGGUUGAGAAGCGAGAGAGACGCGCGGGGAUAAAGCAGGUGCUUCGUACACCAUUUCUCUUGUGAAGGCUAUUCAGUAGUGGAGACCUUUUUUAAUCGAACACUCCACAAAUUAUUAUCUCUGGACUCCCAGCUGACAUCCUGCUGGAGGCUACAGCUACUAAGCCAACUGGAACUGUGCCCACUCUCUCUUGUCAAGGUUUUUUAUUUUUUAUUUUCCUCACACAGGGAGAAGAAGAAAAAAUGAAGUUUGGCAAGGUGGAGUUCUGCCAUUUUUUGCAGAUAAUAGCUCUUUUCCUCUGUCUUUCUGGGAUGAGUCAAACAGAACUCCCUAGAUCCAGGUCAAAGCCCUAUUUCCAAUCUGGGAGAUCACGAACCAAACGCAGCUGGGUGUGGAAUCAGUUCUUCGUGCUGGAGGAAUACAUGGGAAAUGAUCCCCUCUAUGUAGGAAAGCUUCACUCUGAUGUUGAUAAAGGAGAUGGCUCCAUCAAAUACAUCUUGUCAGGAGAAGGGGCAAGUUCCAUUUUCAUUAUUGAUGAGAACACGGGGGAUAUUCAUGCUACAAAGAGGCUUGAUCGGGAGGAACAAGCCUACUACACCCUCCGAGCACAAGCACUAGAUAGACUGACAAGUAAACCCGUGGAACCAGAGUCAGAAUUCGUCAUUAAGAUUCAGGACAUCAAUGACAAUGAACCUAAAUUUCUGGAUGGCCCUUACACUGCUGGCGUGCCUGAAAUGUCUCCUGUGGGAACCUCUGUGGUACAAGUAACAGCUACUGACGCCGAUGACCCUACGUAUGGAAACAGUGCCAGAGUGGUCUACAGCAUUCUUCAAGGACAGCCUUACUUUUCUGUGGAACCAAAGACAGGUAUUAUCAAAACCGCGCUUCCCAAUAUGGACAGAGAAGCCAAAGACCAGUAUCUACUUGUCAUUCAAGCGAAGGAUAUGGUUGGUCAAAAUGGAGGGCUCUCUGGGACCACCUCUGUCACCGUCACCCUUACAGAUGUCAACGAUAACCCUCCCCGCUUUCCUCGCAGAUCGUAUCAAUAUAAUGUCCCGGAGUCGCUACCCGUGGCUUCAGUGGUCGCCAGAUUAAAGGCUGCAGAUGCUGAUGUGGGAUCGAAUGCCGAAAUGGAAUAUAAAAUAGUGGAUGGUGAUGGCUUGGCCGUUUUCAAAGUCUUAGUGGACAAAGAGACACAAGAAGGAAUCAUUACAAUACAGAAGGAGCUGGAUUAUGAAGCCAAGGCCAGCUACACCUUGAGAAUAGAAGCGGCUAAUAAGCAAGUUGAUCCUCGUUUUUUAAGCCUUGGUCCAUUCAGUGAUAUGACAACAGUGAAGAUCAUUGUGGAGGAUGUAGAUGAACCACCUAUAUUUACCUCACGUUUGUACACUAUGGUAGUGUCUGAAGCAGCUAAAGUAGGCACCAUCAUUGGAACUGUUGCAGCUCAUGACCCAGAUGCGUCUAACAGUCCUGUGAGGUACUCAAUAGAUCGAAACACAGACCUGGAGAGAUAUUUCAAUAUUGAUGCCAACAGUGGGGUGAUUACCACUGCGAAGUCAUUGGAUAGAGAAACAAACGCUGUUCAUAACAUCACUGUCUUGGCUAUGGAGAGUCAAAACCCUUCGCAAAUUGGGAGGGGAUAUGUGGCCAUCACUAUUCUUGACAUCAACGACAACGCUCCUGAGUUUGCAAUGGAUUAUGAAACUACUGUCUGUGAAAAUGCAGAACCUGGCCAGGCAAUUCAAAGAAUCAGUGCCAUUGACAAAGAUGAUCCACCUAGUGGUCAUCAAUUUUCCUUCAGUUUGGCAGGGGAGGCUGCAAAUAACCACAACUUUACAUUACGAGAUAAUAAAGAUAACACGGCAUCUAUUCUAACCAGAAGAAACGGAUUCCGGAGGCAGGAGCAGUCAGUUUACUAUUUGCCGGUAUUUAUUGUGGACAGUGGCUCUCCUUCACUGAGCAGCACCAAUACACUCACUAUCCGGGUGUGCGACUGUGACGCAGAUGGCAUCGCCCAAACAUGCAAUGCAGAGGCCUACAUCUUGCCAGCAGGACUUAGCACCGGAGCACUCAUAGCGAUACUGGCUUGUGUUCUGACAUUGCUAGUGCUUGUCCUACUAAUUGUUACAAUGAGACGACGGAAAAAGGAGCCCCUUGUUUUCGAUGAAGAAAGGGAUAUCAGGGAAAACAUAGUCAGAUACGAUGAUGAGGGAGGUGGAGAGGAAGACACCGAGGCUUUUGAUAUGGCUGCCUUGAGGAACCUCAACAUCAUCCGAGACACCAAAACGAGGAGGGAUGUAACUCCAGAGAUCCAGUUCUUGAGUAGACCAUCCUUUAAAAGCAUCCCGGAUAACGUCAUUUUUCGGGAAUUUAUUUGGGAAAGACUAAAAGAGGCUGAUGUGGAUCCUUGUGCUCCACCGUACGAUUCCUUGCAGACAUACGCAUUUGAGGGAAAUGGUUCAGUGGCUGAGUCCCUCAGCUCUUUAGAUUCUAUCAGUUCAAACUCAGAUCAGAAUUACGAUUACCUCAGUGACUGGGGGCCACGUUUUAAACGGCUUGCAGACAUGUAUGGAACUGGACCAGAAAAUUUGUAUUCAUAGCCUUUUGAACCUUUCUAUGACAAUGCACUAAACAAAAAGAAAAUAAAAACUCAAUAUCUGGGACUAAGGAAAAAUCUGUAAAUAUUUCUCCAUUUUUAACCUUUUGGGUUUCUUUUUUUGCCUUGGUGAAGCAUAUC